AUGCUGAGAACGCCCAAAGGUGGUAAGAAGAAGACGCCGAAGAAGAAAACUCCCGCGAACAGUGCGAAAAAAAGUGACGCUCAAAAGAGCGAGACGAAAGACGCAAAAGAAGAAAAAGUGGUUCCGGUGACGCCGAUUAGCGAGCAGCUCCAAGAACAGCGCCGAAAAGAGGAAGCGCGGAAGAUGGAGGAGCAGCUGAAGGUGCUGAUGCGGCAGCGGGACGCGGUGGCGGAAAAGCUGGAGCGGGUGAGAGCUGCGAUCAGGACGACCCCGGAGCAACCGAACCAACACCUGAAGAAUCUGCACUUCCUGAAGUUGCAGUUGAAGACGGUGGAGGCCUGCUACGGGGAGUACAACGCGUUCCAGAACCAGGUCUACGGACUGGUUCUUACACCGGAACAGGAAAAGCAGCAUCGAGCAUGCUACCUGAAGUUUGAGACGCUGCAUAACAAUUUGACGAUCCAUCUCAACGAGUUGAUCGAGAGGCUUUCGAAGCCAAGCGUCGCGCUCGUUCCGGCGGGGCCCGCGACUGCGGUUGCCCCGCAGUACCUACCGCCCCUCAGCGUGCCCUUACCGAAGUUCGACGGCACUUACGAGAACUGGUUCUCGUUUAAGUGUAUGUUUAAGAGCGUGAUGGACCGGUACCAAGGCGAGGCUCCGUCGAUGAAGUUGUACCACCUUCGGAACUCGUUGGUUGGGAAGGCGGAAGGCGUGAUCGAUCAGGACAUCAUUAACAACAACGAUUACGAGGCGGCGUGGGCGCUCUUGGUCGAGACGUACGAGGAUAAGCGAGUGAUUAUCAACAAGCAUAUCGAUGCUUUGUUCUCGCUGCCCAAGGUCACCCGCGACAACGUCCUCGAGUUCCGGAAACUGAUCGAGAUCUGCGCCAAGAACACCGAAGCCUUGAAGAACCUCCAGCUUCCAGUGAGCGGUUUGGGAGAGCAGAUGCUGCUGAACCUGAUUGCGGCACGAAUGGACAAGGAUACGCGGAAGUCGUGGGAGUCGCUGCGAAGGGCCGGAGAGUUGCCGAGCUACGCGGCCACGAUGGCGUUCCUUAAGGAGAAGUGUCGAGUGCUGGAGUUGGUGGAGCAGUGUAGUGAACCCGUUGAGAAAGUGAAACCGCAACGUUCGGUUAAGCAGACGAAGACCCUGGUGAUUGCAAGUGACGAGAAGUGUACGAUGUGCGACCAGCAACACGACCUGCAGAAGUGCGAGCAGUUCAAGGCGAAGAGUGUCAACGAAAAGUACAACCACCUGAGGAAGUGCGGUUCGUGCUUUAACUGCCUCAAGAAGGGACACCGCACGGCUGCGUGCACGUCGACUCGCACGUGUCAGCAGUGUAGCAAGCGGCACCACACGAUGUUGCACACCGACAAGAAGCCGGAGGCCGCUCCGAACACGGCGGCGGCGGAUGCGCCGAAAGCGAAUGCCGACUCCCGACCUCAAGUGGUGCCACCAGUCGUGGCCGGAACGUCGCAGACGCAGAGUUUGACGCUCUGCGCUACAACCGAAGCUCCCACGAAACAGACCCUCCUCUCGACGGCCGUGGUGUUGGUCUACGGCGGAAACAGCGUCCCGUAUCUGUGCCGGGCGUUGAUCGACUCAUGCUCACAAAACCACUUCAUCACGGAGCGAUGCGCCAACCUGUUGGCGAUCAAGAAGGAGCGGGCGGACUACCAAGUAAGUGGGCUGAACGGAGGGACUACGCGAAUCAACCACAUGGUCCGAACGACGAUGAAGUCUCGAGUUGGCAACUUCACUGCCGAGCUUGAGCUGCUGGUAGCACCGAAGAUCACCGGCGACGUGCCUACGAAAACGAUCGACGUUGCUGGAUGGGAUCUGCCCCGCGACGUUGAACUCGCCGAUCCAAGCUUCAACAAGAGAGGUCGCGUCGAUUUGCUGCUCGGCGCUGGCGUGUUCUGGGACCUCAUGAAGUCUGGAAGGGUCAAACUCGCGGCGAACCUCCCGUCACUCAGCGAGACCGAACUUGGCUGGGUGGUUGGUGGCGUGAUGUCCGAGUGUACACCCGUUAUCGCACGUACGUUCUGCACCGUGAACGAGGACGAAGAGCUGAACAAGCUGCUGAACCGGUUUUGGGAGAUCGAAGGAGUUGAAGACCUACGACGACCGGUGACUUCGACAGCUGACGAGUGCCUCGAACAAUUCCGCAGCACGUACAACCGCAAGCCUGACGGAAGAAUUGUUGUUCGACUGCCGUUCAACGAGCGGAAGAGUGACCUGGGCGACUCACGAGACAUGGCGAUCCGUCGUUUCCUGAGUCUUGAGCGGCGGCUGGACCAACAGCCCGAUCUGAAAGAAGAGUACGCCAAGUUCAUCCACGAGUACGAGCAGCUUGGCCACAUGAACGAAGUCGAGGUCGGUCCGUCCGACGCACCUGGAUCCGCGUACUACUUGCCGCACCACUGCGUCUUGCGGCCCAGCAGUUCAACAACGAAGUUGAGAGUCGUGUUUGACGGCUCAGCGAAAACGACGACGGGAGUGUCCAUCAACGACGCGCUGAAGGUUGGUCCAACGGUGCAGAACGACUUGCUGUCGAUCCUGUUGAACUUCCGCUGCUACCGGUACGUCUUCACAACCGACAUCCCGAAGAUGUUCCGCCAGAUUGAGCUGCACCCCGAAGACACGCCGUACCAGCGAAUACUGUGGCGCGACGACCGGUCGCAGCUGCUGAAGGUGUUUGAACUGAAGACGGUGACUUACGGCCUGGCCUCAUCACCGUUCCACGCGACGAUGGCGUUGAACCAGAUUGCAGAAGACGGCGUGAAGGAGUUCCCGUUGGCGUCUGCAGCGUUGAAGAAAUCGUUCUACGUGGACGACGGGCUCUGCGGAGCGCAGAGUGUGGAGGAUGCCCGAUUGCUGAGUCGGGAACUGCGCAAGCUGCUGAACACCGGCGGCUUCGACGCGCACAAAUGGUGCGCGAACGAUCCAGCCAUUCUGGAAGAUAUCCCGGAGGAGCUCUGGGGUACGACGUUCGACCUGAAGGACGCGGCUGCAAAGUCAGUCGUGAAGACGCUGGGUGUGGCGUGGAACGCGUCGCAGGACUGGUUCACCUUCAGCGUGCUGCCACCCGAAGAGGAGACGAAGCCGCUGACGCGACAGAAGAUCCUCAGCGAAAUUGCCAAAUUCUUCGAUCCACUUGGCCUGGCUGGUCCGGUGGUGACAACGGCGAAGCUGAUCUUGCGGAAGGUCGGCACCUUGAAGAACAUCGGCUGGCUGGAUCCCGUUCCGGAGAGCGUUGCCAACGAGUGGCGUCGAUUCCGGAAGCAGCUGCCAGCACUGAACGACUUCCGGGUUUCCCGGUGGGUCUACGACGAAAGAGCCGAACGCGUGGAACUCCACGGUUAUUCCGACGCGUCGGACGAUGCGUACGGCGCAAGCGUGUACGCACGCAACAUCUACCCGGACGGCGAGGUCACGAUGCGGCUGAUCUGCAGCAAGUCCAAGCUCCUCCCGAAGAAGGUCAAGAACGUCCCGAAAGAAAUCAGCACGCCAAAGGGCGAGCUCGAAGGUGCGCUGCUUCUGGCUGAACUGAUUGACAAGCUGACAAACGUCGUCGAUGUUUGCUUCGAUUCGGUGAACUUGUGGUGCGACUCGCAAGUGGUGCUGAGCUGGAUUGCGAAGAAGCCCGACGACCUGGAACUGUUUAUGGCCAACAGAGUGAGGAAAAUCCAGCAGCUGACCAGUAAGUACCGGUGGGGAUACAUUCCGACGGAUGACAAUCCUGCCGACCUCAUUUCGAGAGGGGUGAUGCCCCAGAACCUGCUCCAACGGGUGAUUUGGAAGGACGGGCCGGUGUCGAUGAACAAUCGCACUAUUGAGGUAGUGCAGCCCCCUCUUCUCGACGGCGCGGACCUCCCGGGAUUGCGAUCCACGAAGUGUCUGGCGCUAGCGGGGCCGACUCAGCGAUUGCGGAUCUUCGACAAGCUUGGAGAUUUCCGCCGACUGCUUCGCAGCAUGAGCCUGGUGGUGCGGUUUGCGAACUACAUCAUCACGAGAAGAGAAGUCCUGGUGAAGGGAGAACCGUCGAGCGAAGAGCGCGACGCGGCGUUGAAGCUGACCCUGCGGCUGAUGCAACGGGAAACGUUCCAGGCCGAGCUGCUGGCAUUGAAGGAAAACCACACGCACCGCCUGCGAGGACUGAACCCGUUUGUUGAUCCCGACGACGGCCUUCUGAGAGUUGGCGGUCGAAUCAAGCAAGCUUUCGUGCCGUACGACAGCCGGCACCAGAUCCUGAUGCCUGCCAAGCACCCGGUCACAGAAUCGUUCAUUCGCCACGAACACAAACAGAACCUCCACGUGGGCCAGAAGGGCUUGCUCGCGCUGAUUCGUCAGCGUUUUUGGCCGAUGAACGUGAAGACGACAAUCCGGAAGGUGAUUCGAGGGUGCGUGACGUGCUUCCGAGUCAACCCGAUGAAGACGGCGCAGCUGAUGGGAGACCUCCCGUCCUACCGAGUUCAACCAGCCCCUGCGUUCUUCCACACCGGUGUAGAUUUCGCAGGGCCGUUCCUGAUCAAGUCGCUGACCGCAGCACGAAGGCCGAUGAUGACGAAGGGGUACGUGUCCCUCUUCGUGUGUAUGAGCACGCGAGCCAUACACCUGGAACUGGUCUCGAGUCUGACGACGGAUGCCUUCCUCGCUGCCUUGCGGCGGUUCACUGGACGUCGAGGUUUGGUGAACAAGAUGCACUCCGACAACGCGACGAACUUCGUUGGGUCGGAGACCGAGCUCGAGCGACUGGCCAAGUUGUUCGCCGAGGAGCAGCACAUCGAGAAGGUGGAGGAGUUCUGCAGCAGCCACGGAAUCACCUGGAGCUUCAUCCCGCCACGCAGCCCGCACUUCGGUGGGAUCUGGGAAGCGGGGGUGAAAUCUGUUAAGCAUCAUCUCAAGCGAGUCGUCGGCAACCAGAAACUCACCUUCGAAGAGCUGACUACCGUGCUGGUGCAAAUUGAAGCCGUGCUGAAUUCGCGGCCCUUGACGCCGUGCUCCGACGAUCCGAACGAUCUGACCGCAGUGACCCCAGCACACUUUUUGAUCGGGCGAGAAAUGCGCGCGGUUCCCGAGCCGUCCUACCUCCACCUGAAGCAGUCGACGCUGUCCCGCUGGCAACACGUGCAAGCAAUGCAGCAGCAGUUCUGGAAGAGGUGGAUUGCGGAGUACUUGCCGGAGCUGCAGAAUCGCCAGAAGUGGUUCAAGAUCACCAAGAUACAACCCGGCGCGUUGGUGCUGAUCAACGACCCGAACGCUCCGCCGAUGCAGUGGCAACUCGGCCGAAUCAUCGCACUGCAUCCCGGCAAGGACGACAUCACCAGGGUGGUGACACUGCGUACGGCGAAGGGGGAGUGCAAGCGAGGCGUGACGGAGAUUUGCCUGCUUCCGCUGGACCAGGAGACAACCGAGGAGAAUUGA